CCAAAACAAACAUUAGUCGAGUACUAAUGUGAGAUAAUUAUUCGACAUUUGAAGCAAUUUCUACAACAUGUUAGGUACAAACAGUUAGUAUUAGAUAGCCUUACCCCGGUUUAACAUCUUAAGUCUUUGGUAGAAGAAAAAAGAAAUCAGUAAUAGAAAGUCAUAGAAAACGAAAGUAGACAAUCACUUGACAGGAUUCUAGAGAAGACAUUUCAGAAUUAUCACCGAUUUUUUUGUGAAUUCUUGUGACUGUAUACCUAUAUCACCCAUAAUCCCAAAGAAUUAAUAUUUUAGACAUGUUGAUUAUGCCAAAUAAUAAGAAUACAGAAAGAAACCAACAGACUAUCAAAAAAUUGUUAAUGUUCAUCAAAUAUUAAAUAAGAAACCUAGAACUUGCUGUUACAAUGAGUACCUUUUGUGGUCGUAUGAGAGAAUAUAGUGAGAUAUCUAUUGAUAGAUUUGAUGGAGGAAAUCUUCUUUCAUCAGUUUUCUUUUUAUCACAUUGUCACAGAGAUCAUAUGACUGGUUUGAAUUAUAGAUCAUUUGCUAAAAGAUUACAAGCUGGCAAUAAUAUAUAUCUGUACAUGUCUGAUGUUUCUAAAGUAUUAUUACUGGGAGAUAACACCUACAGUUUUCAUCAUUUAGAGCCAUAUAUUAAAACCUUACAAAUUAAACGACCUAGUACUAUAACUAUACCGUGUAAUACAGUCAGUGGUAAGCCUAAACUAGUAAGUGUUACUUUAUUACCAGCUGGUCAUUGUCCAGGCUCUGUCAUGUUUUUGUUUGAAGGAAAUGAAGGAACAGUAUUAUAUACAGGAGAUUUCAGAUGGGAAAAAGAUAAAGCUGCUUCUUUAUCUCAUCUACACAAUGAACUUGGGAUCAAGCCUAUCAAAAGUUUAUACAUAGAUACAACAUUCUGUGUUCCAAAUGCCUUACAUUUUCCCAGUCGGUACCAAUGUGUUGAAGUUACAGUACAGCUUGUUAAAGAAUGGUUAUCACACUCCAAAAGUCAUUUUGUUUACAUAGCUUCACCUAUGAAUUAUGGUCAUGAACAUCUUCAAGUUGAAAUAUUCAAACAUACCAAUGAACCUAUUCAUACCUCUGACUGGAAGUACUCAAUAUACACACAAAUACAAGAUUUAGCCAUAGCCUAUACUACUGAUCCAUCAGCUAGAAUACAUGCUUGUGUAUCCAAAUUAUUAGUUUUACGACCUUCAACGAUGUGGUUUACCAUGUCAACAAUCUGCUCAGAAAAACUGAAAGAAGAACCAACAAAAUCAUCUGACCCACACAGAGUUUGUUACUCUCUCCAUUCAUCAUAUAGUGAAAUUAAAAACUUUGUGUCCUAUUUAAAUCCUGAGGAAGUGUUUCCUAAUGUUAUACCAGCACAAGAACCAAAUGCUAUGUUGGUAAGAAUUAAAAUAACGUAA